GAGUAGAGAGAGGUAAGUGGUCAAGAGUAAAUUUAUCAACUGAUUUCCAGCGUUUGUCAAAGUCUAUGCUUGCUCUACGUUACAUCUUAUCUGAAGAAACCUAGGCGAUUAUAAGGAGGAGACGUCAAUAAUGAUACCAGAAACAUACAAUGCGCAUGCCGAUCAAAGUAUACGGUGACAUUCUGGGAUCAUGCCAUUUUUGGUAGCAGUGAUAGAGGGUCUAUAUCGGCGGACACGCACUGCCGAUCUGCAUCCGCAGAAUACCACCGUUGGGAGAGAGAGAGAGGGAGAGAGAGAGAAAUCAGCCGAAGUCGGAUGGAGGGGGAUAUUUAAAACGCGUUGGAAAAAUGUAGAAAGCAGAGAAAACAGUGAUCACAGCGUCCUCACAAUGAAGUUGUUCGGCGCUCUUGCCCUGGCUGGACUGCUGAGCUAUGGCGCGGAGGCUGCCUCGUCGCGCAGGUUCGGCUAUACCAACACCACAUUCUAUCUUGAAGGAAAGCCGUUUCAGAUCGUCGGUGGACAGAUGGAUCCCCAGCGUGUUCCAUACCAGUACUGGCGUGAGCGUCUCAACAAGGCACGGUCGAUGGGGUUGAACACGAUCUUCUCGUACGUGUACUGGAACCUGCUGGAGCCAGAGCCAGGCCACUGGGCGACGGACGAACCGAAUAACAACAUCGCAGAGUAUUUUCGUAUCGCGCAGGAGGAAGGACUGAACAUCGUGCUACGGCCCGGCCCGUACAUCUGCGGCGAGCGCGAAUGGGGGGGCUUCCCCUGGUGGUUGAGCGAGAUCCCGGGACUCGAAGUGCGGACGAACAACACGUUGUUUCUGUACUAUGCCGGCCUGUAUCUCGACCGGUUAGCAGAGGAAAUCCGGCCGCUUCAGGCGACCAAGGGAGGCCCCAUCUUGAUGAUCCAGGUCGAGAAUGAGUACGGAUCGUAUGGGUCGAACCACAACUACACGGCCCGGCUGCGCGAUAUGCUACGCGAAAACUUCGAUUCAGUGCUGUACACCAACGACGGGGGCGUGAAUUGGACUCUGGCCGGCGGUAGUGUGCCCGGGGUGCUUGCAGAAACCGACGGGACUCCCGAGUCCGGGUUUGAAGCACGCGACGAGUACAUCACCAACCCGACCGAGCUGGGACCCCUACUUGACGGGGAAUACUACACUCUGGCACCCGAUCAGUGGGGGUCGAACGCAACACACAACGACCCAGACGAUGACCCGGCCGACUUGAACGGGUUCGUCAAUGACCUGGAGUUUGUGCUGAACGGCAGCAACUCGAUCAGCUUCUACAUGUUCCACGGGGGCACCAACUACGGGUUCGGAAACGGGGGCAUCUGGCGUGACGCCAACUACCUGGCAGCCUUCACGACGAGUUACGACUACGGGGCCCCGCUGGACGAGAGCGGACGAACAACGGAGCUGUACUACAUCCUGCGCGAGACGAUCGAGAAGUACUUCCCGAACGGCAGCAUCCCCGCCGUCGUUCCAGACGUGCCUCGGUCGUCGAUCGAUGAGUUUGCGCUCGAGCCCGUGGCCUCGGUGUUCGACACACUACUGCCGGAACCCGUGCAGAGCGAGCACCCGGUGAGCAUGGAGUCCCUAGGCCAGGCGUACGGGUAUGUGCUGUAUGAGACGACGGCGCAGCAAGCAUACACGGGGAUUCUUCAGGUCGGGGACCGGCCGCGCGACCGGGUGAUCGUGUACGUGAACGGAGUGAAGCAAGGGGUGGUGGACGCCAUCUACGAGACGGUGGGCGAGGUCAAGGUGACACUGCAAGCGGGCGACAAGCUGCAGCUGUUGGUCGAGAACCUGGGACGGGUGGACUACUGGUCGCUCGGGUCUGGGACGUUCAACGCGCUGCUGGAGCCGCACAAGGGGAUCGUGGGCAAUGUGACGGUGGGCGGGGAGAUUGUGACGAAGUGGAACGUGUACUCACUGCCUUUUGACCAAGUUCCGAUUGUGAAUUCGGGCAGCAGCAGCAGCAACAACAACAACACCACCACCAUUGAAACUCUCCCACAGACACCCGUGGUGUACUCUGGGCGGUUCCAGCUGGCGGACCGCGACCGCAGCUCCAAGACCGACCUGGAGCUGGACACAUUCCUGGCGAUUCCACGUGGGACGAAGGGGGUGGUGUGGGUGAACGGAUUCAACCUCGGACGAUACUGGAUCAUCGGCCCCCAGCAGUCGCUGUACCUGCCUGGCGUGCAUCUCCGGCGAGAGGGAUGGAACGAGGUGGUGGUGCUGGAGCUGGAGCCCACGGAGCAGGUUAUGGAGGCGGAAGGACAAUCGGAGCGCGUGUGGGCGAACCAUGCUGAUCCCGAUGCGCCAGGUUUGCCGUCACUAGGCAGUUAGCUGCGUGUCCGAUGGCGGUUAUCUCAGACGGUGUGCGGUCGCUCGCGCGAGGGAGACAGCCAGGAAGGUGAAUGACCGUUUCAGGUCUGUCGAGCAGACGAUGGUAUAUGUACCUCGUGCUGGGGGGUGUCGUCCAAUUGGUGGGUGGACACUGGACACCGGUACCUAGAUAGCCCAUCAGAUAGGAACUUAAUAUUGUCUUCACAUGUGA